AUGAAACGAUAUAAGACAAACUGGAAUAAUGUGUGGGUAACAAUUUCCACACCCACUGUAUUGACCAAUUUGGGCCAUUUUGGCAUAAACGUCAUGAAAAGUUAUGAGCCAUAUAGUUGGACAUGUUACAUCCUUGAUAUAGAUUCAGCAAAAUUAUUCAUUGCAAAGCAUCCGGUGGGAGUAGACUCUCGUGUGCAAGAUUUGAUUCAACUCUUAAACAAUCAGAAAGCAGAUGGUGUCCUCAUAAUAGCAAUAUGGGGAAUGGCGGGAAUAGGUAAAACUACAAUUGCCAAAGCCCUCUACAAUCAAAUUAGCCACAAUUUCGAGGUGAGGACAUUUGUCCCACACAUCCAGGAUAGGGAGGAGGAUUAUCUAAGGAGGGAGCUUCUUUUGUUUUUGAGAGACCAAGUUAAAAGAAAAGCGCAUAACUUUGACUCAACAAGAAAGUUAUGGUGGGAAGGAGUUCGUUGCUUAAAGGUACUUCUUAUACUUGAUAAUGUGAGAAGUGAAAGAGAGCUGGAGGUUUUGCCAGUAACUCGUGAAUGCUUUGGUCCAGGGAGUAUAAUAAUCAUCACGACAAGGACUAAACAUGAUCGACAUCAAGAGAUUGGAGUUAAUCAUAUAUACAGAGUGAAAGAAAUGGACUACAACGAAUGUGUUGAGCUUUUUAGUUGGAGCGCAUUCAACAAAGCCACUCCUGAAAGAAGUUUUUCUGGUCUUAUUAAUUAUGCAAUUGAAUAUUCUGAUGGACUGCCGCUGGCUCUUGUGUGUGUUAGCUCUGCUGUAUCUGAAAAAAGUGUAGAAGAGUGGGAGAAUGUAUUGGACAGCUUCAAACGAUUACCCUUUCAAGAUGUAUGGCACUGGCAGGUUUUAAAAGAAAACAUAGAUUCUGUUGGAUAUGCAGAAAAGGAAAUAUUUCUUGAACUAGCUUAUUUGAGACAUCUCUUUAUUGGAAUCAAUCGAAAUGAUAUAAAUCAGAUAUUACAAGAAGCUGGAUGUAAUGCCGCACCAAGAGCAAUUAAACGACUUGAAGAGCAUAGUCUUGUGUGGUUUGAUGAGGACAAGCUUUGCAAGAAUCGUUUGCUACAAGACAUCAGAAGAGAAUGGAAAAGGAGGAAUGAAAGUGAGGAUAUUAAGAACAUUGUUGAACAAGUUACUCAUAUGCUGGAAAUGAAGGAAUUGUUCGUUGCUAAUCAUCCCGUAGGAAUUGAAUCUCGUGUUGAAGAGGUGAUUCAACUAUUAAAAGACCAGCAACAAGAAAAUCCUCUACUACGUGGUAUAUGA